AUUAAGCUCAAGAAUUGAAGGGUUAGUUGUGGUCAAACGGGUCAAACUUCCAAAGAAAAAGUCAAAAGAAAAAAUGACGCAACCGUCGGCACCCACCGCUACCCCCGCCGCCCCAACCAUCUAUACUACCAUCCCCAUCUCCCCCGCCGAUGUCAUAUCUCGGUCACUUCAUAACCUCACUGCCUUCGUCUCCCGCCUUCGCCCGUGGCCCGAACUCAUCGCAUCCGGAACCUUCAACCGCCCCGACUCCUUCGCCUCCGGCCUGAGCCGCCUCCGCAUUAACCUCCGCUAUUUUCGCAUCAACUACGCUAUCGUCGUCUCCGUCUCCGGUGCGUUGUCUCUGACGGGGUCCCCAUAUGCACUGAUCCUAUUUGCCCUCGUUUUCGCACUCUGGUUGCUAAUCUACUUUUUCAGAGAAGAUCCACUGGUCUUUUGGGGCUAUCAAGUGAGUGAUCGUCUGGUUUUAGUAGGUUUGGUUUUGGUCUCAAUUUUGGCUAUUUGGUUGAGCGGUGGCUUUUGGAGUUUGGUGUUAGGUAUUGUGAUAGGGAUUUUGAUAUGUGGUGUUCACGCCGUUUUGAAGAACGCAGAUGGGCUAUUUCUUGAUGAACGAGAGGCUGCAUCAAGAUCUUUGAUCAGUUCAGCUUCUGGAGCUGGAUAUGGAGCUGUACCUGUAUCCGAUCGAGUUGAAUUUACUAUAUCGGACUAACCUACUUUUAAAAUUGUGCCAUUGUUUGAUUCUUUCAUGAACUUUUCAAGUGUGUGUUUUCGUUGGAUGAACCUGCAAGUUAGUUUUGUUCUUAGACAGAGAAUAUAUUCAACAAUCUACUGAGCCAAGGUUUGGGCAUUGUUGUGGCCAAGCAUCACUGUCCGGAUACUUGUACAAGUCCUACAUAAUUUCUCGCCACUAUCAAAGUGCCCGCCUCUCAGCAGCAACUUUGCCCUAGUUUCAAGUAAAGUAGCCUUCAACAAAGUUACAUCGUGCCACACAUAUUCAUCCACUCUUUGAUGUCCUUGUAUUGUCUUCGUCCAACAAAGUGAAUCAUGGCACCUGUCUUGUAUUUGUGACACAAAUGUCUUCUCUACUUCUUCAAGCACAUUAGUGCACACUUUCAGAAGCUCCAGUGCUGAAUUACACCUUGAGAAGGUUGUGAAGGCUCUAAUUGCUAGUGGGAGUGCUGUCUUUUUUAUGUACAAAACAAUAUCAAUUGCCUUCAACUGGACAAGUGGGGGUUCAGAUUUGAAUCCAAAGACAAGGAAUGCAGAUGCCCAUAAAUGAUCAGAGUUGAUCAUCGGGUUGCCAAUUUUCCUUACUCCUUGCACAGUGGCCUUGGCAGCUGAUAAACCUUCUUUUCUUCUUGCAAACACUUGAGUUAUGGGGUGGAACUGAAUCCAGCAAGCAGGAUGCCUGUUAGCUUUCCGUGCUAGUCCUAGUUUAACAAGAAGAAUGGCAGAAUCUUCUUCACUUUGGGGCGCUAAUCCACAACCAGAGCAGCAGGCAAAUGGAAGGCUUAGACAUUUGGUCCAUUUUUUAAAUCUAUUUCCAAUAGUAGGCAUAUCCUUAGCUGCUGUUGCCAGCAAAGUUACUGAAAUGGGUGCUGGAGCAAACCAAGCACCAACGAGAAGCAUUCUGGAGGCAAGAACGUUCUUUGUCCCAUUGCUUUGCUGCAGAACAUUGAGACAAAAAUUUAGAAGCUUCAUUAGGAAAGGAUUGUUUUUACAGUAUUGUUCAUCAUUUAUGCUCAUAUAGGAGCAUGCAGAACCAUCUUCAGGUGGAACUUGAUUAACUGCUUCGAAGAGUUCUGAUGGAGAAAUUGAAAACUCUGAAAGAA